AUGGCCGACGCAGGUGGAUGGAGCACAAUUGAAUCAGACGAGGGCUUGUUCACCUCUCUGAUCGAAACACUCGGCGUGAAAGACACCCAAUUCGAAGAACUCAUCUCCCUGGACGCAGACACAAUCCGAUCACUCGGACCCGUCUACGGCGUAAUCUUCCUAUUCAAAUGGACCCGGGAAGCAGCAGGCGCCCGCGCGGAAGCGCCCCUAGACGGAAGCUACGACACAACAGCAAGUGACAACCUCUUCUUCGCAGCCCAAACGAUCCAGAACGCCUGCGGGACACAAGCCAUCCUCUCCGUGAUCCUGAACCACGAUAACCCGCCCGCGCCCCUCCCAGCCAUCACACUUGGACCAGAGCUACAAUCGUUCAAAGAAUUCACGACUGGAUUCCCGCCCGAACUGCGCGGCGAAGCCCUCUCGAACAGCGAGGCCAUCCGCUCCGCGCACAAUAGCUUUGCGCGCGCGAGUCCAUUCGCGGACGAGACGGCCCGGCCUCAGGAUGACGAGAACAGCGCGGACGUGUACCAUUUCAUUGCGUAUACGCCUGUGAAUGGGAAGUUGUAUGAGUUGGACGGAUUGCAGCCUCAUCCGAUUAGCCAUGGGGCGUGUGAUAGUGGGUCGUUCCCGGAGAAGGUGAUUGAGGUGCUGCAGCGGAGGAUUGCGAGGUAUCCGGCUGGAGAGACGCAUUUCAAUUUGAUGGCUGCUGUGCGGGAUCCGAGGGGACGGGCGCGGGAGAUUGGGGAUGUGGAGACAUUGGAGAGGGAGGAGAGGAAGAGGGCUGCGUGGCAGUGGGAGAAUACGUUGCGGAGGUGCAAUUUUGUUGGGUUCAUUGGGGAGGUUAUGAAGGGGGUUGUUGCGGGGAAGGCGAAGGAUCCGCAGGGGAAGGCGUAUGAGGAGUGGGUGGAGGGUGCGAAGAAGGAGACGAGGAAGAAGCUUGAGAUGAGACGGUAG